GAGAGAGAGAGAGAGAAAGAGAGAGAGAGAGAGAACGAUCGAUACGGUUACAAGUUAAUAGCGAUUACUUCAAUUUUCUUUGUGUUAAUUAUGCUCUUUGCUGAGUGUAACGUAUACAAAACGUAUCGAUAUUAUUGCAAUGGCAUCAAGAUCAUCACUAUGAUCGAAAAAUACAUUGGAAGGAUAUUCCCCUGUGUCCCCUUUCACCCCACUCUUUUCCAUCUCUUCUCCUAUCUCGGAGCAAGCUCACCAUCACAAGCCGAUACCAUGGAUGUUGGGCUAAAGCUUUGGACCAGCGCGGUGGAGCUUGCAUCGAACUACGUUUCGCGAGAAAACGCGACGAGAGGAACGAGCUCGUUCGUUGAAAGGAAUCAGAAAAUCGGCCGGACGUGGGAUAAUUUGUUAAUUGUACAGUGUACGUGGCAACGUAUUUUGCAAGUUCGCGUUUCUCUCAUCUGCAAUUAGGACACGCGUUAACAUAUAGACGCAUAGAGAAAGAAAGAAAGUAAGAAGAAAGAAAAAGAAAAGAGCAAAUUGAAAUUACGAAAGUUGGUGCAUUUUUAACUCGCGACUAGUUUUUGCAACGAUGAUAAAAUUCUGCAGGUUUUCGAAACUCUCUGUUUUCACGUAUGCAGUGUACGGAACAGGUGCCAAGUGUCGACCUUAAAAGAAAACGAAACAAUGUUAGCAGAGGACUCGAUCUAUCAUGAACAAUAAAGAAGUCGAGAACGACAGAAGAUCCGGAUAUCGAGAUGCGGUGUAUGCUAACGAUUGUCUCACUGGGAGUGCUUCUAGCAACAAUUGUUCACGGAGAAAAUUCAACGAAGAACGUUUUCGGUCAGUGCAUCUUCCCGCUUGGUAUGGAAGAAGGAAAAAUUCCAGAUGAUGCAAUCACUGCUUCUUCUAGCUACGAAACGAAAUCGGUGGGCCCUCAAAACGCAAGGAUACGACAAGAGAAGAAUGGUGGCGCUUGGUGCCCAAAAGCGCAAAUCAGUAGCGCGAUACGGGAAUAUCUGGAGAUCGAUCUGACCAGAAAUCAUCUAAUAGCGUGGACCGAGACUCAAGGACGGUUUGGGAAUGGCCAGGGUCAGGAGUACGCGGAGGCUUUCUUUCUCGAGUACUGGCGCGACACGAAAUGGCAUCAAUAUAAAAAUUUGAUGGGUGACAGAGUAUUACGAGGCAACAGUAAUACCUACUUGGUGGAGAAGCAGAAGUUGGACUUGCCGUUUGUCGCGAGCAAAGUGCGAUUUGUACCUUACAGCCAACAUCCCCGGACGGUUUGCAUGCGAGUCGAAAUUUACGGAUGCGUGUGGGAACAAUAUGUCGCGAGUUACAGCGCGCCCAAGGGAUCAAGCCCCGGUCCCGGAGGACGAAGCGUUCGAGAUUCCUCGUACGACGGUACCGAGCUAGACUCCUUUCUCGUAAAUGGCCUCGGUCAACUGACGGACGGGAUAUUGGGCGAGAUUUCGGAAAUUCUUACCUCCUCGGUCAACGACACGAAUUGGGUAGGCUGGUCGGACCGUACGACGAUCCAGAUUGUUUUUCGCUUUCAAGAAGUACGAGAAUUUCAGAAUUGUACUGUACACGUCGCACGUAUACCGCAACUACACGUCGAGACGUUCUCAAUGAUGCGCGUUUGGUUUUCCAUCGACGGCGAGAACUAUCGGCCGGAGAUAGAAAAAUCGGAAUGGCCGGUCGACGUCAGUUCGGCGGCUGCCGAGACAGUUCUGAUCUCGAUCCCUUUGGAAUCGAAAAUCGGGCAAUUUGUAAAAGUGGAAUUCAGUCUUGCCGCGAAAUGGUUGCUCCUUAGCGAAAUCACCUUUUACACUGGUAAGAGCAGACUCUAUUUAGACUUUAGAUAAUCGGCACAUACGAAUAUACAUAGAAAUCAAAGGAUUAACUUUUUGGCGAUUAACUCCUGUUGACGCUUUCAAAAUCUGCUUGCAUCGUGGUACUUCCGCUGAAACGAGAGUCGCCUGUCGGCGCUCACUCCACAUUGCUCGAGUCGAAAUAAACACGCCUACAUUUAUGUUUACAUAAAACAAAUUUUACUAUACAAAAUACAGCUCAGGUAGAACAUACGUAUGUAAAUCGAAAGGUAAAAAUACCGACAACGAGCCUCCUCGUUUGACGCAAAGAUAUCUUCUGUCUGCAUAUAUAAAUAAUACGACAAUUUGGAAAAAUGCAAGGCGCAAAUGUGUAGAAAACAUAACAGAAAAAUAGAGACGCAAGAAAUGUGACGUCGGAUUAAUUAUGUUUUAAAUUGUACCACACUUUACUAGAUUAUUAGAUAUAUUACAUUUAU